AUGCACGGCGCUGAUGAGAGCAAGCUAGGUCUCGUUCCUACUACUCACUACCCAGCUCCAAGCUACCAAUCUACAAUUCCUACAAUAACCAUGCGCCUCCCCUACAUCCCCAACCCGCCCACGCCCGCCACCCCCACCGAAGCCGAAAUCAUCGCCCAAACCCUCGCCCGCCGCGGCGCCGAAGGCCUCAUCCCACUCGACCUCACCCUCCUACACUCCCCACCGCUCACCGCCGGCUGGAACUCCUUCCUCGGCGCAAUCCGUACACAGACCUCUCUGCCGGCCGACAUCCGCGAGCUCGCAAUCUGCCGCGUCGCCGUGCUGCACCAGGCGCACUUUGAGUGGACGCAGCACGCGCCGCUUGCCCGCGCGGCGGGGGUGACCCGUGAGGGUCUGCGUGCGGUGCUGGAUGGGACGAGGGGGGAUUUGAGUGAGCGCCAGAUUGCGGUGGUGGAGUUUGCGACGGAGUGUGUGAGGGAGGUGAGGGUGGGGGAGGGGGUGUUUGGAAGGUUGAGGGAGCACUUUGGGGAUAGGGAGGUUGUGGAGGUCGUGGGGACGGUGGCGGCGUAUUGUUGUGUGGCCAAGUUCUUGGUUGCGUUGGAUGUGGCGGAAGGGAAUGGGGUUAGGGUGGAGGAUUAUGUGGUGCCAGAGUAG